CCGCGCGCGCAGCGAAGAGGUGAAACCAAGAUGGCGGCCGCGCCGUGACUGAGUCUUGAGACAGAAGGACACGAACGGCCAGCGCCUCAGCCACCCAGCCCGCCCACGGAAGGGCCCCGCGCCUCGGCCCGCUGCGUGGGAAGGAGCAGGAGGAGCGCCGCGGGCGACGAGGCUCGAGCCCGGGACUCGGCACCGGCGGCGGGAGCGGGAGCAGGAAGAACAUGGCGGCGGAGGAGUCGGGCUGGGAGUUGAGUCGCCGCUGCUCGUGAGGGGAGCUGAUGGGGGAGACCGGGCCGUGAGGCCGCCUACGCGCCCCCGGCCCGCCCGGCCCCGCUUCCUCUCCCCGCCCACGCCCAGGGAGGCAGGCAGCGAGGCAGCCGCAGCAGCAGCACCGUUCCGCCGCCGCCGCCGCCGGCUUAGGCCGCGGCCUCCUCUGCGAAGAAGGGGCGGCUCCGUCUCGGUCCCCUAGUCUGGCCGAAAGAAGGGGCUUUGGGCCUGGGAGCUCUGCGCACAAUAGAGCCGGGCAGAGGACGAACCGGUCCGCUCUGCCCGUUGUUUCCCCCCCGCUUCGCCUUCCGCUCCGCCCUAAAUACGUCUCCCCGGUCUAUCCUUACGGGUUUCCCUUCCCGCCGCUCCCGUGGCACUUUUCGGUUUUUUUUUUUAAUUGGGGGGGGGGACCUGUCGGUUGCGACUAGCUGAUCCCCCCGCUUACCUUUCCUGUCACCACUGAUCCGCCCGCUUUCUUUCUCCUCCCCGCUGCUCUGUCACUUACGCCUCCGAUCUGCGCCCCGCUCCUCCACUUCUUCAUGCCAGCCUGCCUUAUUGGCACACCCGGUUAAUUUCUACGCUUUUAGUCACCUGUGUAAUUCGGGACCCUUUUCACACCUUUCUUUUAAGACCCUCCUCGUCCUUCUGUUUCCCCCUAUCAACUCUGCCAUUGUUACUUCCUGUUAUCUCGCAUCCUGCAAGGCAGUGCUGCUGCUUCACUGAAGAAGUUCUGUGUCCCCCUAAGACUUGCUUCCCUUCCCCCCUUUCCUCCCCCCCCCACUUUUGCUUUGGCCCCCUUUUGGGGGUGAUGCAGCAGCUACUCUAGCAGUUGCCACAAAGAGGACUGUUGUGGGACACCGUCUGAGACUUUUCAUUCUCUUUCCUGCUCCCCUUCACUGAGGGGGGCAAAGCCCCCCCACACACCAGCUCAGUCAACUAUUGUAGUCCCCUGUGGUGUGACAAGAGGCAGGAUGACUGAUACCCGGAGAAGGGUGAAGGUUUAUACACUGAAUGAAGAUAGACAGUGGGACGACCGAGGCACUGGACAUGUGUCCUCUGGCUAUGUGGAAAGGCUGAAGGGCAUGUCCCUGCUAGUCAGGGCAGAGAGCGAUGGUAAGUUUGGCUGAAUGUGUGAACAUGUGCACACCAAAAGUAUUAAUCCCUGUGUUCAUCUUAGUAAGGUGGGAGGUGGUAAUCAUAUCUUGGAAUUGAAUUUCAAGUGUUGGGUGAUGUAUAUGGGAGCCUGAAACCAGGUAAGUAUUAAUCAACAUAUGCUGGCUAUCAUGACAGAUGAUUCCCAACAAUGUGCUGUUGUUAAGUACAUAACAGUUGUUGCAAUAUUCUGCUGUAGAAUAUUUGGACCAAUAGACUGGCCACUGUGCCUAGAUAAAAAUUAAGUACUGAUUGGCAUAUUUUGCUCCUAAAAUCUUAGGAUGGAAGAUAAUUACAAAAAUUGCAUUAAUUUUAAUGACUGUAUAUGCUGUCCUAUAAUCCUUGUUAUCUCAGCAAGUGUGUGGAAAGAUACUGACUUCUAAUUCCUGCUUUCCAUAAGAACCCAUUAUCUCCUUACAUUCUAGAGAGAAUCCAUAGUUCAUGUUUGUCAAACCCAUGAACUAUAGAUUGUCAAAAUUAUAAGUUGAAAAACACACUUACUUUUUUAACAUGAUUGCUGUGGUGAGAUUCUUUGUGAAAGCAUAUGAAUAAUUUCUUUAUGAUAAAUUAAGCUUCAGGAUCUGCCUUGUGUAUCUGCUCAAAGUAAAUAAAAUGUUUUUUCCUUCAGGUUUUAGGCCAACAAAAGAAGUACAAAUCAGUUGGGGAACACUUAAUAGCAAUAUGGAAGUUGAGUGAAUCCAGUGUGUGCUGCAGUAUAUACAAGCGGUCUUAAAUUCUAUUUCAUCUUUAACCACAUUUUUUCCCCUUCCUAUUUUUGUUUUGUUUUUAGCUUGAUAGUGGCCCUUUUAGGUUGGGGCCGAAAAACAUAUUCUUUGUCUUUUCUGAAACUAAGUAAAAAUGAAAGUAGACUAGCUGGGGGGAAACCCCUAACAAAUAAAUGCAACUGGUUUUCAAGAGAGCAGUGAGACUUGCUGAUAAGUUUGUGCAUACUAUUUCAGUCUUGCAGCAUUAUCCUUUCCAUAUUUACUGUUAAUUCAACCCCAUUGAUAGUGCUGGAUUCAACUUAGCUGGUUAGUUCAAGGACUCCCACUAGUGCAGUGGGACUGCACCCCCCCCCCGCCAAGCCCCCCCAAAUCUGCUCUGGGGCAAAUGCUUGUACUUACGGAACAAUUGUACUAGCACAAUGUUGAAUUCUACCUGUAGACUCAUACCAUUAGUUACACUAAGUUUGCGUGUUAACUCAGGGAAUCUUUGUGACUGAUUAGAACUUAAUAUUCUUAGUUGAUUUAUCAAAAGUGUGCCUCAAAUUAUCUUAGUCUGGAAGUCCAUUUUCCAAACUUUAGAAAUGAAGUAAAAUGCAAUUAUUUUAUUUCUUAAUAUUACUUUUAAACUUUUCAGACUUUAAAAUACACGUAGGUCCCGCUUACCAAACACAAUGCAUUCUGUGAAAUCAUUGAUUAGGCAAGCAUUCACAUAACUAGUCUAUAAUUUCCUAUGGAAAUUCUAAUGUGGGAUUUGUUUGCUCCCACCCCCAAUGGUUUCUCCCUGAAAUGGCUGUAGCCAAUCAGCAAUCAGAUAAGUGAAUCUGUGGAGUGUAUAGCAAGGUUUGGGUGUAAUUAUUUUCAUGGGGACAUGAAUUUUCAGAUAGUGAGCAUGCAGAUAGUAGGGGCAGCGUGUAAAAUAAUGUCAGUGAAAUGUAAACAUUAAUAUGGAUAUUGUGGAAGUUUUACUGAUUGUACGCAAGUCAUGCUUUGUGAUCUGCAAGCUGAACCUAGUCCAGUUGCAUCUCAGAUGAUGAGCUGUUUUGUUGUCCUAGACAAGCAGCAGAAACAGGAAACUUACCAUGCCACUAGCAGGCAGCAAUACAUGGCUGGUGGGCUGAGUUCGGUGGGGUAUGUCACAAAUUUUGCCCCUACACAGCAUUCUGGAAUAGGCACCUUGGAGAUUAAGUAGAGAGCUUUCUCACUCCCAAUGUAUUGCUUUGUAAUUAUUUCUAGAAUUUCUUUUUCAGCUUUGCUUUAUAUUUUCUGUUGCCAUAUUAAUAUUUUUAUGUCUCUUGCUGUGCACCACACUUAUUAUUUGAAUAAGAAAGUUAUAGACAUAGGACCUGGUAGCAAGUGAUAGAUAAGACCUAGUAUCUGCAUCUCUAGGGAGUAAAAAGCAGUAAGUAUACCAUAGUGUUGUAGUCUCUCCAAAUGGGGUUGAAGACAGGCAAAUUGGUGACAAAGGCAAUGGGAUGGUCCUGGUACUUGGGAUACGAAUCAUGUGGUAUUAACAAAGUCCCCCCCCCCCACAUACCAGGUAUAUACACUGCAUCACAGGAGCUACUACCAUUAGGAGCGUUUGGGGGGGAAACAUGCAAAUGGCCUAAGCCACGUGGUUGAAAUAGUCAAGCACAUUUCAGCAGCAUGGAAUUUCACCAUGCUCAGUUGUCCACCCCAGUGCUAGCAAAGUGAUGAGAGCCAAGAUAAGGUAAUGUGGAGAAGGGGUAAGUGGAGUAUAGUACUAGCCAUACUAGAUCAGGCCAAUAGCCUAUAUAUUUGUAUAUAUGCUUUGACAUUGACUUGAAUGAUAUAUUGUCAAGGGAGUUUAAAAUGUACACCCCAGAUAAGGCUUUCUUCUAAGCAAAAAUGGCCAACAUAUGUGGGCAACUUGAUUCUCUGGGAAGCCAGAAAUAUCUCAUUUCUCCUCUGCAGCACACACACAUUUUUGGCUGCAUGAUAAAACUGGAAUGAAAGGAAAGCCUAUUUUUUAUUGCAUUUUUCCUUACUUUAUUAUUAUUAUAUAUUUAUGUAUUUAUACCCCACAUUGACAAGGACUCACUUACUGUGACACUUUUUCCACUUACUGUAUAGUCAUUUUCCUGUGCAAAUCUGCAUGUCUACACAGAAGUUUACUGAGUUCAUUGGGGCUUACUCCCAUGUAAGUGGGUAUAGGAUUGUAACCUGUGAAUAUUGCAAAUAUCUCUCUAAUCUCUUAUACUACUGUACAGUAUAUGAGGUAGAUUUAGUGGCAGUUAUACACUGUUGGGCAAAUAACAUAUGUCCUGUCUGUUUUUGAACCCACCCUGUUUCUUAUGUUAAAAGAAGAGGACAAAAUGUUUUUAACAUUAGUCCAUAUUAUUCCCUAGUGAAAUCUUUCCAUGCCCUUAAAUCAAUUUUAUUGAACACCUGUUAUCUCAGUGAACUAAGGCAACAGCCACAACUAAACACAAUAUAUUUGGUAAUAGUGUUAAUCAUUUAACCAUUAACUUAGUAACUGAAAAGUAGACUCCUACUAACUGAAAUUUGUGGAAGAGAUGAGCUUAAAAGGUAACUUUCAGGUUCCUCUUCCAUUUGUUCAGUCAGUUAACUCUAGGAGAAUAUUCUCUGCACUCUCCUGGGAUGAUAAACAAGAGACUUGGUCUAUGCAGGGAACAAAAACUAGGCACUGUAUCUUUCUUUCUUUUUUAACUAUUUCAGGCAUUUAAGAAGUGUUGAAUCAUCAGCUGCUUUUACAUUUUAAUGGUACUGCUUCUCUCCCCCCGCCCCCGCCAGUAAUAACUCAGUAUUUGAACUGUAAACUUUUUCUACCCUUCAGAUGUGUCCUCAGAAGUAUGUUCCCUUUGGCUUCAGCCAUACACUACUUCUUCCUAGUUGCUGAAUGCUUGAAUUUGUUACUUUUAACCCAUUGCCAUGAUUAGUUAUAGAUCUGUACUUACAGGUAAUACAGAACCUUAAUGCAACAGUUUGUUUCUCCUACUGCUAUUGAUGUGGUUCAUAUAUAAUACAAAGCCAAACUAUGGCUUUUUGCAAUGCAUGAACAUGCAGGUUUCUGAUGAAUAAAUCACAACUGCUUUGCUCUUCCUUUGAUCCUGAUGCUGCUGCUGCACUGCUAUGAGCAAAGCCAUGGUUUGACAUGUAAACCAAAACUUGGUUACAGCUUCUGGUUUCUCUGGAGUGAGAGAAAUCCUGAGCCUGUGUUCUGAUGAUACACUAACCCAAACUAUGACUUAGCUCACAUAAGUGCAGAUGCAAAGUGCUUUUACCAAGCCAUGGAUUGGCUUCACAUUGCAUGCGAACUGAUUUGGAUUUUUGGAUUUCUGUGUUCGCAUUGUAUACCUCUAACUAGACCAGAACAAGUCUAAAUUGGUGUCUUCAGCUGGGCUGGGGGGGGGAAUCUGUAUUUCACCACAAAAAUUCUGGAAGCUUGAUAAUGGCACCUAGAAAUUUGAAAUUGUUCAGCCUAUAGAAAAUUGAAAUACUUACCAGCCCUAGAGUCCAGUACAAAAGUGGAGUGUAAUAUAUGCAGGACCUUUUAGGAAGGUUGCAAUAGCAAGCCUUGCUUUAUUUCUGUAACAGUGGCUAGUUGGCUACCACUCUUUCACAGUAUAGCAACCUUUCUAUUACCCAUCCUGAAAGGUUUUACAGAAGACAUGAAUUGUAUGGUUUAUGCCUGUUUCCUUUCCAGAAUGUUUUAAUACCUUGAAACCUUCUUUGAGGGAGAGGAAGUGUGUUUUGAUAUUAACCUAGGAAAGUUUGCUUUGCACAGUUGAGUCUUAGAAAAAUCAAUAUAACACUAACUAACUGCUUUUAAUUAAAAUUAUAUAUUACAGGAUUUCAGUGCUUGAUAAUCAUUAGAACGGCCUUCACCAACUCGUGUCCUUCUCAUUUUUUGGGAUGUAUGCACUGAUAGGAGUUGUAGUUCAAAAGAUCUGCAGGACACCAGGAUGGUGAAGGUUUCUUUAGAGAGCUGUUUGCAGAAUCAGUAACCAUUUCUUCACAGGAAUAGUUGUGUAUACCUGGUGAAUGAUUAUUUUCAGUUUGCUUUGUAUAGAUCAUAUAAAUGCUGCUUUAUUUCUAGGGGAGGAAAUAAAACACUUUCCCCCUUCUUUUUAGGUUCUCUUCUUCUGGAGUCCAAAAUCAAUCCUAAUACUGCUUACCAGAAGCAACAGGUAACAAUUUAGUCAGUAGGAAAUGUUUGAUGGAAAUAUGAUAGUUGGGUCUGCCAAUUUCAAGGUGCUUUCAGGCUGUCGUGGCUUGGGUUAUAAACUGCUGCUAUGACCCAGAAGUGUAUCUGUUGAUGCUUCACUGGCAACAAUGUAACAGUAACAUGGUAAUUGUUUGUGCCUCCAGCUUAAUCUAACAGUUCAGUUAUCAUAGAACCUUUUGAUGUAUGGCAGUUUUCCAGAAUUCCUUAUAUCAUUCCUCUGUACAAUAGUCUUGUGAGUUAGGUACUCUUGAGUGUAAUGAAUACAGUGAAGUCUAGUGAACUUCACAUUAAACUUAACAGAUCAGCUAACACAAUAAAAAAGCUGCACCCAAAAAGGGAGAUUUUUGGACUGAUUGACAAACCAAAUAGUAACCAGUUGCUUGGAUAAAUUGUGAUUCACCAAUGGGUUCUUAGGGAACUCCUAUGUAAAAUUGCAGGACCAUCCAUACCAAAUUACUAGUAGAUCACCAAUGUAACACUGUCUUUUAAGUAGCAUCCAAGGAAGUGUAUGCUUCUCAGUCAGAUUACCCAAGUAAGGCUGCAGUCAGAAUAAUGUAUACUCAGAAGUAUGUCCCAUAGAAAUCAGUGGGGCUUGUUGCCAGGCUAGUAGGAUUACAAUUGCAGUCUCAACUAGUAGACAGUGUAGGGCAGUCCUGUAAAUAUAAAGAUUUUGUGGAUUUUCAAAAAGCGUGCAGCGAAGGGCCUUGUGAAAAGUUCAUUAAGAACGUAGCAGUCAUUAAUUAGUCUCUGUGAUCUUAUGGGUUGGUGACUGAUUAAAAAACAGGAAAGAGCAUAUGAAUGAGUAAACAAAUUUCUGCAGAAGUCUUUUAGUGUAAUGCUGUAGGGAAAAAAGCAAAUGGAGAUAAUAGGAAAAGAGUGGAAAAUUAAACAACAAAUAAUGCCAUUACCAAAGUUGAUGUUGUUUUAUAUUUGAAAUGUGUGCAUGGAGUUCAAAACCCUUGGGAAAUUGUAAAAAGGAUGCAUAAAGGUUGCUAAAAUUAUCAGAUGGAUGAAUUGUUCUAUGAAGAGAGUCUAAAAAACAAUACAGAUGGGAGUGUGCUUAUUGGUGAUAAAAAAGUGAAUAAGAAAUAUUCUUUAUGAAAGCUGGCUUUUAAUCAAAAUGAGAACGUAGCAGGUGACAACCAUAAUUUCAUGCAAAGCAUGAUAUAACACAAUGUUGCCCUAUAAAAUUCAUCUACUUGCCAAAAUAUAGAUGAUGUUUUAGAUCCAGCAGCCAUAGUUUGCUCAGUGGCAACUGUAUCUCAUAUGCUAAAAACACUGCCAGCAUGCUUUGCAUGUGACUUUCUUUGCACUGGCUUGGUAUCCACUGACAAUCCAAUGUGGGAAUUUUUAGUUUGUGUUUUUAGUUGUAUUAAGAGUAAUAGGCAAGUGAAACACUUUGAUUUUUUAUCUCAGACAUUAUUGGAUCAAAUAAUUCAUCUUUAGAAAAUGUUCUGUAAUGUUAAAUAUAGCUUAACUAAACAUAACUCUUAACUUUUAAAGGACACACUGAUUGUGUGGUCUGAAGCAGAGAACUAUGAUCUGGCACUUAGCUUUCAAGAAAAAGCUGGAUGUGAUGAAAUAUGGGAAAAAAUAUGUCAGGUAAGUUUUCCCUCUCAAAUAUUUAAAUAUUUGUUCCAUUUGCAAUAUUAAGUGAAUAUUUCCUUCACCAUUUCCUUCAGAAGCAUCCAGAUUAUUUAAAACCUGAAAUGUGUUUAGUGCAUAGUCAGACUUCCAUUCAAACUAACAUAUGGGCUAACUAAACAAGAGGGCCAAAUACCUACAACUCCUGAUUGUCAGCAAAUAUGAAAACGAAAAUAUUCCACUGUUGUAGAACACUGGGAAAUCAUAAAUUACCGUAAACCUUGCCAUUAGGAAGGUAGUAAGAUAGCAAUAGCAAAAGUAGAAUUAAACUGGUGCCUUUGCACUUAACAAAUGGGUUUUUCAUCAAGUGGAUAAUACCAUUAAUAGAAGAGGAGAUUUUUGCCUGUUCCCCUUUCCCUCUGCAGCCCCCAAAAGUAAUCUCCAGAGAGUUGGGGGACCCUCCAAAACAGCAUGGAAGGUGCUCUGAAAAGCUGUGUGGAAAAAGGGGAAAACUGAAAACUAUCAUUUCCAUUAGCAGAGAUAUCUGCUGAUCGAAAGUCCUUUUGCAAGCACAAGAGCAUUUCAUUGUUUUUAUUUGUUAAAUUUCUGUCCUACCCUUCCUCCCAAAGGAGCUUGAGUUGAAUUCUACCCAUACAGUUAAUUUGGAGUAGCAAGAAUAUUUGUACAUAAGUAUGGAGGGCAGGAUCGGCAAGAUGGCCCAGUUUAAUUUGUAACAGUAGCCCUGACCAGAGUGUGGAUAACUAGGUGGCAGUUGCCCAGGGUGGUACUGUUUGCAUUUUAUUUUAAUGUGCUGUCCUUCAUCAAGAGAGAUUCUUGGGUGGUUUAGAAAAAUUGAUGCUAAUACAUUCAAAUAGAAAAACCAAAUAUUAGUAGCCAAGCAUUAUCUAGGUAGGAACAGUCUUCUAAAAUAUUCAGGCUCAUUCUAUAGUGUUGGUUAGAGGCUGAACUUAGUAUUGUGAAGCAAAAAAGCUCCCUUCAGUUUUUAGUCCAAGAUAACAAUAUCUGAAGACAAACCUGGUGCUGCUUGCAUUGUGAUGCUUAGCUGCCAUGGUGUGGACUUUUCUGUAACAAGAACUUUCACCCACCCGGUUGGUUCUUGUAUAUUUUUUUCAAUACCUGAUAUUCGAGGUUUAAUAUUUGGUUUUACCCAUUUCCACUGGAUUGGGUACAGUUCCCUUUUCUCUGCGAUAUUGUUUAAGAUUAAAUUUAUGGUAAAAGUGCUUGGAUUGUCUGCAUCUCUGUAUAUAGCUGUAGGCAUCUGGCUGUGAAAGCUGAAGAGGUCCCCUUUGGUUUUCUCUCACUUUAAUAGGUUCAAGGGAAAGACCCUUCAGUGGACAUUACUCAGGAUCUGGUGGAUGAAUCUGAAGAGGAACGCUUUGAUGAUAUGUCAUCCCCAGGUCUAGAGUUGCCAUCUUGUGAAUUAAGUCGACUAGAGGAAAUUGCAGAACUUGUGGCGUCUUCGCUGCCUUCUCCAUUGCGGCGAGAAAAACUUGCUCUAGCACUGGAAAAUGAGGGCUACAUUAAAAAGCUCUUAGAAAUUUUCCAUGUGUGUGAGGACUUGGAAAACAUUGAAGGACUACACCAUUUGUAUGAAAUUAUUAAGGGAAUCUUCCUUUUGAAUAGAACUGCACUUUUUGAAGUAAUGUUUUCUGAAGAAUGUAUAAUGGAUGUAAUUGGAUGCCUAGAAUAUGAUCCUUCUUUAUCACAGUCACGGAAACACAGGGAAUUUCUGACAAAAACUGCAAAAUUUAAAGAAGUUAUUCCAAUAUCUGACCCAGAAUUGAAACAAAAAAUACAUCAGACAUACAGAGUACAGUAUAUUCAAGAUAUGGUUCUACCUACUCCUUCGGUGUUUGAGGAAAACAUGUUAUCAACUCUUCAUUCAUUCAUCUUUUUUAAUAAAGUAGAAAUAGUUGGUAUGUUACAGGUAAGUCAGGAAUUGUUUUCUUUAAUCUUGGAUGUUGUGCAGAUUGAAUGUUGUUUCUAUCUAGAUUUCCUUGUUUGGAGCCUGCUGGCAAACCUGGGGCAUUUCCUGUACCUGGAAGAUGCAGUCUAGGAUGCUGGGUCUUACAGUUUGGCUCCUGUUAAUUGGUUUAAUUAAAAACUCAAAUACUGGAUUUUUAAUGAAUUUUGGGUAACUUCUAAACUCUUGAACAUAGUGAUGUAAAAUUUUGCCGGUAACUUAUCAAAUUGCACCUCUGCAUUCCCUGUGAAUAUCAUGCAAAUACUUAGCACUAAAAGGCCAGUGGAAGGAAACAGAAACUAGCACAAACCUGCUAUGACCUAGUUGUCUGAAAAGUGACAGAAUCCAUCCUCUUAGAAGGGGCUCCCAUUCCUGCAAAUUUGAUUCAGUUCUGUUUGAAUAUGUUAAGAUACAAAUGCAUUGUGAUUUUUCCCAAUGGGUAAUACAGCAAAGUAAAUCUUUGUUUACAAAAUAAAGGAACCCUAAAAAGUAGGAAUGAAACAAAACAUUGCAUGCCCACAAACCAAAAUGAAUCCAAACUUUUUUUGUCUUUUGCAGAGCCUUGGUGUUUGUUAAUUAUAUGGUUUCAGGGGAUGUUGAGAACUGCAGAGGCCCAAGAAGCUGAAGGGAAACAAUUUCUGUUUUAAAAUGAAUUGUAACUUUUAAUAGAUACAGUUUCAUAGCGCCGAAACUGCUGUAGUAUGUAGCGAAGUCAGGUGUUCUUGAUAUGCCAGGAAAGCCCAAAUUACACAUCAGAAAUUACAUCAUACCGUACUGCUUUGUUGGUCAGUGCCAAGUUAGACAAUUUCUGAUCUAUUGUGGGGAUUGGGGUUGGGGGGGGGAGCAUUGUGUAUGCUUUGAAUACUUUAGGUUUUGAGUUUUUUGGGUUUGCAAAGGGCACUGUAAUUGGGGGACAGGGAGAGUACACCUAAUGGGUAAGAUGAAUGGAUGCCACAUGUGAAUAUUUAGGAAUUAAACGCUGUAACCUAUGAACAUUAGAGUCUUUUAAUACUGGAUUACAAGGCACUACCAUAUGGUAAAUUUGCUCUUGUGUGAAAAACUCGGUGAUUCUGUGGUUCUGUUGCUUUUUUAUUAUUAGCUUAGGUAAAGUUGGAGAUAAUGAGCUGACCAUAUUUACUGAAAUUAGCAAAUAUUUCAAAGAAUAGGAGAAAUAUUUCAGGUAAUAAAAUGCAGUUUAAGGCCUGAUGUAAAGUUUUGUGCAUGAGAAAGAAGAGUUAAAAUGCUACGGCUAUAGUGCAUAACAAACUGAACUUUUUAAAGAGUUGCUAAUAUAACUUUAAAUAUCAGUAUAUGAUACUGUGGUGCAAAGGGGCCACAGUUGGACAAUUUAGACUAUAUUAACAGGAAGAUUAACGCUUAUGCAUUGUACAACUUGGGAGUCAAUAAGACUGCAUUUGAAAUAGUACAAAUUUUGUGUGCUCCAAGCGGAAGUAUGUAAAGGUAAAUAUAGAAGGCAGCUUUUAUUGUGAAAACAUUAAGAUGCUAAGUAUAGCUGUUCUACAGAAGUAGAGAGGUUUGGAAGAAAUGUUUUAACAUUUGCGAACAGAAAAAGAAGAGUAGAAGCAAGCACUGUUCGUAGGACACUCCUGCUUUAGGUAGUGGAAGACGUGAUUGUUGCUGGUUGCUUUUUCACCCUGCAGCCUCCCUGAAAACUGUUCCAGAGGGUUGAGGACCCUGCAGAAGAGCAUGGGUAGCGACAUGGGCCUGGAAAGGGAAUUGCCUCCCACUUUCCUAAAUGGAGAAUCUCCAUUCAAUCUCAGUCAUGGGGGCCUACACAGAAGGGAAACUCUGAAUCCAACCCAAUUAAUGGAUAAUCCUAUUUUUUAUCAUAACCACAUGGUGCACAUGAAACACUCCUAAUCCUGUACUAUUUGGGAGCUGGCUUUUGAUGAUCAGAGCUAAGCUUCUCAGUAGUAAUAAAUUUUAAGUAUGCUUUUCAUAGGUACAUUUAAAAAAUAUUGAUAUACAUCUAGCCUUGGGAAUGGGCUAGAGGUAUAUGAAGCCUUAUUUAUUUAACUAACUAACUAACUAACUAACUGCCCUAAACCCCUAGAUCGCAGGGCAGUUCACAACAUAAAUUGCUACCUGUUUGUGGCAGCGGUGCGGGGAUGUUGUUUGCUUGGAAAAAGUGAAUGUUGUAAACACCUUUUCAUCAGUUGAUCAUCGAAUGUUAAAUCCAAGAUGUAUGGGUGGUAGUUUUACUUGGUAGACCUGUUGAAAUCAACUUAUGUUCAUUAAUUUAACACCACCCUUUGUUAACCAAAAAUAAAUAGUUAAAAAUCAUAAGGAUAAACUGGGAAUCACUUAUGAUACAAUUGCUGUGUCUGUUAAUACAGAGCUUGCAACCUAGACUUUGUUUCAAACAAACAUAAUGUGCAUUUACAUAGAGUGCAGUGGGUGAUUGUUAACAUUUAUCAGUGGUGAGAUAUGCACUUAACAAACUACUAUAGUUGAACCUUGUCACUUUUAAAGUUUUGUCCUAGUGGACAGGAUAGCUACCAGUGCUUGAUUGUUAGGUCUUAUAGCUAUUUCACCUACUUUUUGUUGUUGUUGUUGUUGUUGCUGCUGCUGCUGCUGCUGCUGCUAUUGUUAUUAUAUUUAAUUUGUACCCUGCUCAUCCGGCUGGGCUGCCCCAGCCAUGCUGGGCGGUCUCCAACACAUACAAAAACACAAUAAAACAUCAAACAUUAAUAGUAACAAUCUGAUCCAAUAUAAAAGUCACAAUAACUUUAAAAUAAACAACCUAUAUCAAAUAAAGCAAUAUUCAAUAAUCCAUUAGAAUCUAAUAGAAUACAGUUUAUUAAUAUUUAGCAACUAUUUCUAUGUGAAAAAAGCACACUUGUUCCAUGAAGUAUGACUUAUAGUAUCCAGGUGACGUGGAUGGGCUAACUAAUACACACAAAGGCUUUCUAAUCUGAUUACUUGGGGGAUGGAGAGAAUUUUUUUUAUAUUGUCAUACACAUUCAUUUCCUACAAGAGAUUGGUGCAAUAAUGCCUUAUUCACAGGUUCCUGAAACUGCUUAGAACGUGUGUUAUUCAGAAGAGCAAAAUUCUACUUAUGUCUACUGUGCCUACCUUGCCCUUUGUGCAUUGGCUCUUAAGUUGUACCUGUCCAGAUUUAAACACAACAUGUUAACAAAGAUGCGAGGGGAAGAAGUGUGAUACCACUUCCUAUUACAUAAGUUUAUGUGCAAGUGGUGUACAAUUUGUUAGCAGGCUUGUGUAAAGAAUAUGAAAUGAUUAAAUGUAUGGAGUCAUUUUGCGGGGGGCUUUGACUUUGACUCAGGCUGUGUAAGCUCACUUGCAAAGGCUAGGAAAAAUGUGGUAUUAGAUGGGAAAUAUUCUGUCAUUUUCUGUAGACAAUGUGAAUAUUUGAUUUCCACCAUCGAGACAAUUCUUUUUUAUAUUUUGCACAAGUAAUAAGGUGAAUGAAACAUUUCAUCUGAAGUCAGUGGGAGUUUGCCCUUAAAUCAAGUUUUGCUUUAUAUUAUUGUUAAAGACAACGUGUACCAGUGAGGCAUAGCUUUGUCCCUUCAAAUGAUCUGAUUUGUAACUGGUGUGUUUGGUUGGAGAAUAUAUUAUAGACCUUUAGUGCCAUUUUGUAUUUCUAAACAUAACAUUGAUAUAUUAUAGGAAGAUGAAAAGUUUUUGACAGACCUGUUUGCACAACUUACAGAUGAAGCUACAGAUGAGGAGAAAAGACAAGAAUUGGUAAGUGUUUUGAAAUGAGCUUAGUAAGGCAAUUGCUGCAUUCUGUUUCUUGGUGAAUAAAGUAUUGUUUUCUGUGUUUCAGGUAAACUUUCUUAAAGAGUUUUGUGCAUUUUCUCAAACAUUACAACCUCAAAACAGAGACGCUUUUUUCAAAACAUUGUCUAAUAUGGGCAUUCUUCCAGCACUAGAGGUCAUCCUAGUAAGUUUGCAAAGUUUACUUCUAAACUUGUAUGUUCUUUUCAUUGGGGUAUUUUUGAGGAAGAAUUCCAUGUAGCACUGUGUCAAUCAUUCCAUCAGGGCAAGCAUUUUGCAUUGCCAGAAGGAGCAAUCCCCCCUUCUUCAUGUUGUUGUGGUGGUUCUUCUGACUCAUCUGAGCUAUUGUUGUUUUGUUGUUGUUUUUUUGGCUGGGGGGCAGGGGGGUCCACUGCACAAGCGCAAAUCUUUGUAUGGGCUUCCACUGAUGGGACUCAUUAGCUGAAUUCUGCCCGUAGUCUGGCAAUUAAAUGUUUGCAACUUUUUAUGUACCAUUUUGGGAUACUACAUUAUCUAUAAAAACCAUGUAGUUUUAUAUAUAUCCUGUCCUGUCAUACUCCAGGUAGGGGAAUGGAAGAGGGCAGCACCAAAGCAUAGGCAAAGCAUCAAAAACCAUACUGGGCGGUUUAAUCAGAUACACAAAACGUGCAAGAGGUUUUGGUUUCAACCUUCCUUGGGGGCAAAGAAUAUUAUAAAAUAGACUUCUUUAGUAAGGCAUUUUGUCUCAAAAGUGAGCUAAUUAAAACAAUGAAACUAAGUUUUAGACUACCUUUCUACUAUAGUUUAAUAAUUUGUUUUUUGACUGCAGGGUAUGGAUGAUGCACAAGUGCGAAGUGCAGCUACUGAUAUAUUCUCAUAUUUGGUUGAAUAUAACCCAUCUAUGGUACGAGAAUUUGUCAUGCAGGAAGCUCAACAGAAUGAUGAUGUAAGUAGGUGGCUCUUACCAUUUUCAAAAUUACAUUUCCAUUAGUAAAGUAUGACAGUGAAGUAUUUCAACAACUGAAGCUUGGAUAGAUGCUUCAGUAUUCUUUUACUGAUGUGUAAUUGUAUAAACUCAGGCAGUUUUCUCACAUAUAUGUUGCUGGCUUCUGCAAACCACAGUUUGCACAUUAGGAGCCAGUCUUGGAAGUUUGUAGUCUCUUCCUUUUGCCUCUUGAGCCCAAAUCUCCCUCUUGCUUGCCAUGUCAGCUUUUACCAUGGUUCAGAGUUACCUCUGCAUUGGCACUAAUUACCAUAUAUACUCAAGUAUAAGCUGACCUUUUCAGCACAUUUUUUAUGCUGAAAAAGCCCCUCUCGGCUUAUACUCGAGUGAGGGGCCUUUUGGGCUGCUGCUUCCUCUUUCGCCUUUGCCACUGUUUGUGGCGGAGGAACGAGCACCCCGAAAGCAGCCCUUUUGGGCUGCUUGUUCUUCCUCCACCACUGCCGCCACCACCAGGUUUGUGGUGUGGUGAACCGGCUUAUACUCGAGUCAAUAAGUUUUCCCAGUUUUUUGUGGUAAAUACGGUAAUAAUGAUACUAAGCAAAUUUCCUCUAAACCUUUAUUUGCAAGUCCUGUCUUAUAACCCCAGGUUUAUUUGGAAAUGCUAGUUGCCAUUAACCAUGGUUAGCAUUGAUACAGAUAUUAAAUUGUCUUGUAAACAUUUCUGCUCCCCCACCCACAAAGAGAAGCUGGCAGAGGAGGAACCGUGCACCCUGGUUCCUCCUCUGCCUUACCUUUCUUUGGUUUAGAAGCUCCAGAUGGUACAUCAUGCUGCAGCCAGACUGCUUCUGGGAGCUUCUUGUGGAGAACAUGUGACAGCAUUGUAUUAAAACUACUGCACUGGCUGCCAAGGUUCAAAGUUCUUGUACUAAUUUACAAAGUCCUGAACAAGUUAGUUCCAGUGUACCUCAGGAAUCUCUUGAACUCCUUAUAUCCCAGCCCAAUUGCUGAGAUCAUCUGCAGGCAUGUCGUUGGUUGUUCCCCAAGUUGGUGAGGCACAUUUGACAACGAUGAGAAACUGAGUCCUUAGUGUCUUCAGACCAGUCCUUUGAAUACUCUGCCAUUAGAAAUUUGACAGGCACUUUCUGUGCCAACUUUUAAACGACUGCUGAAAACUAUUCUGCCAGGCCUGUACAGGCAAUCAAUAAUACAGUGGUACCUUGGUUUUCGAGCGUCUCAGAAGCCGAACCCUUCGGAACCUGAACGCUGAAAACCUGGAAGUAAUUGCUUCUAUUUUCAAACAUGCCUCGGAAGUCAAACGAUUUCCGCUGCAUUUUUUUCUUUUUUCUCCAUUGACUUUGCCGACCGCCCUUUGUGCUUUGGUUGUCAAACGUUUUGGAAGUCGAAUGGUCUUCUGGAAUGGAUUAUGUUUGACAGCCGAGGUACUGCUGUACAUCCUUCCACAAGGGUUAAUUGAUAUGUUUUUAACAUUUUAAUGGUUUUUAUGUUUUAUUGUUGUAAACUGCUCUGAUAUAUAUUCUAUGACAUAGUGAUAUAUGAAUAUUUUUAUAAAUAACUAAAAAGUAGUAAAACCUCAUUCUUCAUACAAGUGCAGAGGGCUGCUGGAAGAAGAGAGGAGCAUCCUCUGUUUCUGUGCUUGGUGCUCUAUUGCAUGCACUGUGUAGAAAUAGGAGGAGGAACAGAGUUCCAUGUUUCUCCUCUAGCUGCCUCUACAUAUAAUUUCUUGUUGUCUGUGGUGACCAUGCAAAUGGUGAUAUGCGGAGGCUGUUUUAAAAUAUGGUUAAAGCCAGCAAGGGAAAGGAGAUUCACUUCAGAGAACUGAGAGUGGGGGAAAGUAAACCAGAGUUUUGUUCCUACUGGGCCAGUGUCUGAGGACUGAUUCACACUUUCCACUGAUAGCCUUUAUUUGGAUACAGAAACCACUGUAGAGAAAUCACUCUUAAGUGCGUCCCUAAGUAAAACUUGUGUGGAGAAAAAACCCCCUGAAAAUGAUACCAUGAAGCAGCUACAAAUCUGUGAAUAUAACUAUGCACAAGUCAUAUACAUGAUUAUUUUUGAUAACAGUAUUUCUUUGGAUGAUAUAGUUUUGUUUUUACAUUAAUAUAUUAAAUUUUUGAAUACGUUUAAUACAAAUUUUUAUGUUGAAUUGUUUUGCUUUUUUUAAAAAAAAACCCAUUCAAUAAAAUCUCUAAAGUGAUAUCAGUUGAAUUGAGAGAUUGAUAUAUAGUAUGUUAGACCCCAGAACAUAUUUUUAAAACAGCAGUAGCAAUUGAGUGUUUCUAUAAAUAGGAUGCAAUUUUCUUAUAGCAUGUAGUAAAGAGCAUUUAGUAGCUAGUGAUUAUGCCAUACCACCCCAAAUGGCUGUAGCAUAGUGUAUGUUCAAGGAUCUUCCCAUAACGUUCAAUGAUGCUGCAUACUAUACAACCAAGGCAAAGGUUUAGGACCAAAUAUAUAGUUACAUGAAAGCAAUCAUUUUUAUAUAAGUCAACUUUUAGCAGCAGGUCCUACUCUGUUGGCUUAGAUGUAAAGGUGUUUUGUGUGGGUGGAAACUUCCAUUUGCUCACACAAGGUGGUCCCCAGAAUUCCACCAGUUUCCCCCUCCUGUUGCAGCUUCCCCAACUCAUCCCUUGCUGAUCCAGAAGGUCCUGUGACCUUUUGCACACCAGUUUUUAAGGGCCACUGCGGGACUGUACCUGGGAGGAAAGGUGGCAGUAAAGCUCCAUAGUGCUUCUCUAGACCCAGACCCUUUUCUGUGUUAAAACCUGCAAUAAAUAUUGUAGCUAAUACUUUACCUUUUAAAAAGAGACCAAAAUAUGAAGGGGAAAAAAUCAGUCUCUCCCCACUUACUUGGUUUUCUGUAUGUUUAAUAGAGCUUCUGAACAUGAUUUUGGUUCUGCAGUUGUUCAGUGACUGUGGACCAUCUUUAGUGGCACUGAGUGGUUUGAUUUUCUCCAUGUGCAUGUCCCUCUUGCCUCCCUCACAGAGCAAGUGCUGGAGAGAAAUUAUUGCAGCUGUUGCUGGGAACCUUGUCCUCUCUAUUCUUUGAAUGGGAGAAGGCGAGGAGACUUCAUGCCAGGCCAGUGAUGCUCCUAUUAAGAACAUCCUCCUAUUUUGUGCUCAGCUACAGGAUGAUGUAGAAUAUCUCUGCCUUUUUCUGGGUUGGAUUCUUGGAGAAAAUGCAGAGAAACUUGAUGCAGUACAGCCUCACUUGCUUCUUCAUGAGUAGGCAGCAGUCUGUCAGUUCCCUACUCCUCACAUGGUAGUGAUGCAUCUAUUGGAAUUUGGAAAGUACAUUUAUAUGUUAGAGUACUUGGCUAGCAUCUGCAUAGCUGCUUCAGGUAGGCCCAAGGAUGUGUAUCUAUCCUGUGGGGUUGCAGACGAUCCCAUGUUUUUUGAAAUUUUCCUCACUUCCAGAAACAGCAUGAGUGGCUGCUAUUAUGAAAACACCCACCCACAGUUCCUGCUUAGAUCCAGGCUUUUGUCUAGAAUUGCCUCCUGGUGUGUCUUAUUUUGCAUCUUAGUUGUUACUAACCAGUUCAUUAUUUAAUUUUAUUUUUUAAACCAGGAUAUUUUACUCAUUAACCUCAUCAUAGAACACAUGAUUUGUGAUACAGAUCCUGAACUUGGAGGAGCAGUCCAACUGAUGGGUCUAUUGCGUACGUUGGUGGAUCCAGAAAAUAUGCUAGCUACUGCCAAUGUAAGCAAGUAUUUAUGUGCAGUCAUAAUAUACGCCCCCAAGUUAUUAAGACACUUUGUAUUAUGUGCAUUAGGUAUAAAUUUAUUUAUUUUUUUCUGCAGAAAACAGAAAAAACUGAAUUCUUGGGGUUCUUUUACAAACAUUGUAUGCAUGUCCUCACUGCACCACUACUGGCCAAUACUACGGAGGAAAAGCCUAGCAAAGGUGAGGCAAGAAAUCUUUUGUUGAGGCAUCAUUUUCCCUAUUAAAAUGCUUUGGCAAGAGUUUUUUUUUCUUUAAAAGCGUUAUACAAAUAAUAAACUGAAUUAUGCAAAUAAUCUGAACAAAUUUCGUAACCAGCAAAAUGACAGGGUAUUUGUGGAUGGAAUGGUGUGAGGCACAUUGCCCUGUUUCAUCCUUAUCAAUAAAAUCCAGAUCACUUACAGCUGGGGGGGUGGGGAGGACAGUUUUUAUUUUCAUCAAGCAGGUCUUCCAGGUGUAGCACUUCAGAGCUUCCCAUAAUAGUGAAAAUUCAUGUAAUAGAGAUCUGAGCUUAGUCUUGGCCCAGUCACUAAGAAUCAUCCCUAUACCUUUGUGCAUAGCCCCAUCCUUUGCAGUCAUCCAGCACCUCCAUGUGCUCCUAGCAAAUGUGGUUUGAGUUUAAGGGCAGGUAGUAGAUCACUGCAUGCCUGGAUAGAAGGCACUUAGACUGUGUGUUUUUCUGUCCUCCAUGUGUGCCUAUGGGACUGGAUUGUUCUUGUACAUCUCAUAAAAUUCAUCAAAAUUGAACAUGCAGCUUUUACACUAAUAAAAAACUAAAAGAUAUCAAGUAUGUGGAAUAAUGUCUAUUAUGCAGUGAUUUGUCUAUGGUGCUGGAAUCAAUUAGUAUGUUUUGCUUUAUAUGCCAAACAAGUGGAACAGAAAAUUAAAUAAGCCCAAUCUGAUUUCUGUUUUUGUUUAUGUUGCAGAAAAUAAAUUGUGAGUUGUUUUAUGUAUCAAAAAAUAAUUUAAAAUUUGUAUAUUUUUAUGUGAUUUUUAUGUUGUCUGUUUUGUUUUAGAUGACUUUCAGACAGCCCAGCUAUUGGCCUUGAUAUUAGAGUUACUAACUUUCUGUGUGGAACAUCAUACAUACCAUAUAAAGAACUACAUUAUAAAUAAGGAUAUCCUUCGAAGAGUGCUAGUACUGAUGUCUUCAAUGCAUGCCUUCUUGGCACUAUGUAAGUAUUUUCAUAAAAAUCAUGGGGAUUUACAAAUAGUCAUGUAAAACGCAUAAUCACAGACAGCUAAUAAGAGCCGUACUUAAAAUCCCAGAAACUAAUUAAUCAGAUCCAAGGAGUAUCGAGACAAAGCAUACUAAUAGACUGUUAAGUAAAUUAGUUGUGGAAACAACAUAAAAAAGAUCUGAAGACCUGACCAGGUGAAGAGAUGCAUAUAAUUAAGUAUCAGGAAGCUGCCCUGCCACUACCUAGUAAAGCGUAUUCCCAGAAAGGGGUAUUGGCAACCAGGCAAUAGUUGUCACACAUUUCUGGAUCCAGCAACAACUUCUUAAGGUGGGGAUAAACUGUCUCCCCCAUUGCAAUGAAGUAUUAUUCACUCCCUAGGCCUUUCGGUCAUUUUUUUUAGCAUCAACCAGGGUUGAGGGAACAACCCUUCAAGCAGCUUGGUCACAUCAUCAGGUUGCAGUAAUUGAAACUGAUCUGACAAACUUGUCAUUUGUGUUGAGCUGCUGCAUGUCUCAACCAACCCAAACCAUCUGAACUUUUUGUCUGGAGGAUCAGCCAUUGUGGUGCUUCCAUUUGUUUUGGAUUGCAGCUCCUGUCAACACGGCCAAUGGUCAGUGGUGAUGGUCCAAAACAAGUGGAACAUUGGCCUUGUUCACACAUCAUGGUUAGCCAAGUUAACAAGUGUGCUGGCUUUUGGAGAGGAGCUCACAGCUGCUUUGCUACUCUCCUGUCCUAGCACAGCAGCUAAACCAAACUUAGUGUGUCCAAACCCAGGAUUGUGAUUAAGGUCUCUUCUCCUUAACCACUACCUGUAAUCAAGGUUUAUCCUAUGGUCACAGUUCAUGGUUGAGGAAGAGAGACCGUAACCAUGAUCCUGGUUUCAAGACAACACACUAUUCCAAACCUUGGCUUAACUGCUGCACUAUUGCUGUGCUAAAGACUGAAGAGCAGAGUAGAUGUGAGCUCCUCUGCAGGAGUCCAUUCGUGCAGUCCUGGUAAGCCAUAGUUCGGCUUACCAUAAUAAGCAAACUAGAGGACUGGCUACCUCUGUUUUAUGGUGUUAUCUGUAACAUAGUGACUUUUCUCUUUUUCAUAAAGAGUUUUCUAUGAUACUGUGGCAGUCCUUUGUCAGUAUAUUCUCAUCUGACUGAUCUUCAGUGUCCUUGUUUCCUUUUCAUCAUCACAUACUACUAUGUAAAAGUGUUGUGAAUUACUUAAGCUGUGAGCCGUUCUAUUAAAGUUGGGGUACUGAGGAUGUUGUUAUUGGAAACCAAAUGUGAAAAUUGCUUUUAAAUAAUGAUUUUUCUUCAUUAGGUGCCCUGCGUUUUAAAAGAAAGAUAAUUGGGUUGAAGGAUGAAUUCUACAACCGCUAUAUAAUGAAAAGUUUUUUGUUUGAACCGGUGGUCAAAGCAUUUCUCAGCAAUGGAUCUCGCUAUAAUUUGAUGAAUUCUGCUAUUAUAGAGAUGUUUGAAUUUAUCAGAGUGGUGAGUACCACUUUCUAGAGAAGGGUGGAUGUUAACACUGCAGGUGCUGGUGUCAAAAACAUUAUUAACUUGUGAGUAUGUUGUACAGGAGGGAGUUGCAGAUAAAAUAAGGUAACUCCAAGUAUCUUCUUGGAGAGAGAAAAAGAAAGUUUGCGGAAUGUUGGAAUAGGAGGCCUUUCAAGGCAGAAAUAUUUAUUUUUUAUAUUGAUCACCUCGUUAGCACUCUAGGUGAUGUGCGGUACUUCAGUUUAAAACCUAAGUGCAAAUGGUGACUGUCCAAUUCAACACAAAAAACCAGACCAACACAGUAAAACCUAAUUCUAAUGACAAUCUAAUCACAUUAAUAUUCUGGAGUGCUACAACAAUUUCGCAAAAGCUAAAAACAAACUACCAUCAACUGUUUUUAACAACUACUGAUGUUAAAAAAUAAUCUUUGGAAGAUAUUUUUUUUUAAAUAUUAAAUUGGUGUUAAAAGGCCUGAGAAGGGAAAACAGUCUUUGAUCAAAAAAGUCAUUCAUGCAAGUCACCAGGCAGGCAUCUGGAGUGCAUUCACUAACAGAAAGAGGGCCACCAACAAGAAAGCCCUCUUUCACUCUCUUAUAGCCACCCGCCACACUUAAGUUUGCUUAUCUUAAGGCUUGGGUAGGUACAUACUCACCCAAUAGUCACAUCAUAUUGAUAGUGAUAGAAGCAUGAGAGAUGGCACUGCUUCUUAGGGGAAAGCAUUUGUGGUCAGCCUUGUUUAUAAGUAGGAGUAAGAAUGUACCAAUGAGGGCAAUUACUGUGAGUUGGGACAUUUUGAGCCAUUACUUUUGAUACCUAUAUAGAAGUUGAAAGGAUGGAAAUCCACCUGGUUCAGAAGAUUCAGGGCCCCAAAACAGAACUCUUCAAACAAAUUAGAUUGUAAUGCACUCCAAGAAAAUAAUGAGUGCCUAAGGUGCAGUACUGAUGCAGUUACUUGACUGAACACAAAGGAAAACCCAUCUCUUAACUACCCAGGGAUAGAUGGAGUAAUGGUGGCUCACAGUGGGUCAUCGCUACUGAAGCACCAGGAUGUUGAAGAUGAAGUUUUUGGCCUGGAAUGUGGUGCAAACAUUUUUUAAAAUUGCAAGUUAAAAAGUGUUUGCAGAUUUAUUUUGUAAUGUUAAAAACGUAGCAGUCUUCAGCAUAGAUAAUCUGAGCAAAAUUAAAAUUUGCAUGUUCUGGCUAAUAGAUAUCUGGCUAGGCAUCCUGCUCAAAGAGUGAAGGAGUUAGACUUCAGUUAGAGUUUAUUGUAACAAUACAUUAGUGGCCAUCUUUUGAUCACAGCACCUCUUUCAUGAACUGUAAAAUUGUCACUUGUAAUUUUCAGUUCCUGGAAGAAAAACGAGAAUGGUUUUCCGAAAUUUCACUGUUGGCAUAUUGUCAGAACCAGCUCCUGAGUCAGGAUUUUAAAAAGAUUUCAAAACCGUUCAAACAUUUUGUUGGACAUCAUAACUUUCCAUCUGUUUACUAUUCUUUAAUCAUAGAAGACACUUUCUAAGCACCAACAAUGUGUCAGGGACUGAUUAAAAACAUGGUUCUUCCUAAAAUUUUAUAUUUUGAUUUGCUGCAUACUUCCAUUUGCUGCAUUUUCUGUAAUGACGGCCAUGUUUACCUCAUGCUGCUUAGUAGUUGUUUGGAUGAAAAAAUGACUAGGGAACAAACUUAGAAUAAUUCCCUUAAGCAUUUUAAAAUAAUUUUUUUGUGGCUUUUCUAUGCUUCUACUUUUUAACAUCUUUAAUUGGAAAAAAUAACUUUAUUUUCUAGGAAGACAUAAAAUCCUUAACAGCUCAUGUAAUUGAGAAUUACUGGAAAGCACUAGAAGAUGUAGAUUAUGUGCAGACAUUCAAAGGUUUGAAAUUGCGUUAUGAACAACAAAGGGAAAGACAAGAUAAUCCCAAACUUGACAGGUUAGUGUACACAAAUUGUUAUUGGCUCUUUCAUAAAACAUUUUCCUAUUGAGGACAAACUAGGGAAAAAUGAACAGCACACUUUGGUUCUGUUUCUCAGAUGGCUGCUUUUAGUGUCAGUUGACUGACAUAUUUUUAAGUGAAGAUCAUUAAGUGAAGCUAUAAGCCACUGUACUGUGUUGGAAGGAUUCUUUAAUUAAGCCAUAUCAGGAUAUACAGAGAAAUAUACAUCUCCAUACAAUUGACCCAGAUAAUCUCUGGUGGAUGACUAUAACACACAUGCUUAUUUCCCAAUGCCAGAAAAAGACAUAAAGCCCUGGACCUUAUUCUGUGAUGCAGUACCAGGUAGGCUAAAAUAUUGUUCUGCCGGCUGCCAGCUUCAUAUUGCAGGUGUACUUUGUAUGCAUAUCCAAAGUUUGCAAAUUAUUUGUGAGAGUGUCUCAUUGCCCAGAUCAAGCAGUUAAGUCUCACCAUUUGUGUACCUUCAAGGUAAGAAACCCAUCAGGUUGGAUUCAAACUACUUGUGGGCAGAGUUCUGUCCACAAGACUCUGCCAUUGGAACAAGGGUGGGAAGUGAUUUUGCUUUCCCCCCCUUCCUCCUGCAACCCCUCAUGUCCCCUUCAGAAUAGCCUGGGAGAUGGUGCUGGGGGCUGAAGGGGGAAUCUGCAAAAAUCCACCACCAUCUCUGCUUUCCUCCAACAAGAGCCUCUGUUUCAUCUUUAUCCAUUCCGCAAACAGAAGCUGUCUGGAUACAGCUCAUCAGUUGAAAGCACAAACUCUGUCUACUUUAUCCCUAUGAAGAAAUCACUAUUUCAGGCAAAUUGUAUUAUCUAAAAAUACAACUUCUUUGGAGAGGGAAACCCCAAUAAAAAAGUGUGUGCAUUGAUUCUAGUUGUUCGGUUUAUAUACUCACAUACACACAUGGGGACACACACUAACAUUUGCAUUCAUUCCUUUUGGUGUUUGGAUAAAAACCUUUGGCAGCCAACUCUUUUUAAAACAUUCCAUUUUGAUAGAUUUUCAUCAUAAAGGUACAUGUAGAUUCUUCAUGUUGGUCCCUCCCAACACUAUGAUUCUAUGUAUUUUUGCAAUUAAAUAAGGUGCACAAUUUUUUUGUAAGUUGUCUCAUUCAUCUCAGUGCAUCUUAGAUGAGCGUCUCCCUGGUGAUUUUCAAACUUCAACAUGUUUUACAACUUACACCUACAGUACGUAGCUGGCGGUCAGAAGUGCCCUAUUCUUUCAUUAAUCACCUGCAUUAGAAAGUCAUACAAGAGAUGAGAAGAUAAAAAGGCAUGGAAACAGUGUCAGGAACACACACCUAAAUGAAAUAGUGGUUUCUUGAUGUGCGUGUGGCUUAGCUUAAUGCUAAAGCACAUCCACAGCUUGCAUAGUGAUUGUCCUAGUAUAUUAGUUUCUAAAAAUAUUUCUUUAGGCAUUGUAUCACGUAGUUGUGUGAGAGAAAUGUAAAGGUUUCGGCACAAGGCUCAUUUUUUAAGCUCUUGCUUUAGCAAUAUAUGAAAAGUAAUAUUUUUAAAAAAUCUUUUUUCAUAGCAUGCGUUCCAUCUUAAGAAACCAUAGAUACAGGAGAGAUGCAAGGACCUUGGAGGAUGAGGAAGAGAUGUGGUUUAACACUGAUGAAGAUGAUAUGGAAGAUGGGGAGGCUGUGGUGCCACCUUCUGACAAAAGUAAAAAUGAUGAAGAUAUUAUGGAUCCUAUAAGUAAAUUUAUGGAAAGAAAAAAAUGUAAGUAACUGGGUGGGAUUACUAUAUUUCAGCUUUAAAUAGAUUUAGCUACCAUAGGGCUGUAAAUGGAUAUUGUAAGGUUUAAAUGGACAUAAGGCUGUAGCUUAGUGGAAAAGCAUCUGCUUUGUAAGCAGAAGCUCCCAGGUUCAGUCCCCAGUAUCUGCAGGUAGGGAGAUAGACAACGCUAUUGUGUAGUAUAGUAUAGUAUAGUAUAGUAUAGUAUAGUAUAGUAUAGUAUAGUGGUAUUGUAUUGUAUUGUAUUGUAUUGUAUUGUAUUGUAUUGACAAAACUAAGCUAGAUGUACUUUGACUGUGUAAGGCUGCUUUCUGUGUUUCUAUUGAGGAAGGGGUUGCCCUCCAGAAGUAGCUGGACUACAACUUUUAUCAUCCCUGGUCAUUGGCCAGUUACGGCUGAUCCAUCAGGGCGAAUAGAACACUGCCCCACCAAGCUUAACCUCCCCUUAGCCAGACCACAUCUGCCUGCCUUCUUCCUUCCAAACGGUGUUGCCCUUAUAGAACUCAUCAGGAAGGUGGAUGGGGACAAAAGUAAAAUUAGUUGGCUCUGCCUUUCCUUGGUACUAGAUCCACCUACUCUUGGUCUUUCUGACUUCUAUUCUACUAGUCCAAUGGGCACCAGUCCCAUUGGCCAUCCUGACUGGGGCUGAUGGGAGUUGGAGUCCAGCAAUCAAUGAGAACCGCAAGUUCUCCAUCCCUUUAAUGUAUUCACAAUAACUUUUUACACCAAAGGCCAGUGUGUGUAUGCAGUACAGCUAAUUAGGCACAGAGCUGCCUCCUGCACUUUUAGACAGUAAUAAAUUCGUACUAAAAUAAGCAGGAAUGUAACAUAAGUAUGAUAAUAGUACUUUUUGUCUCCUUUAGCCUCUUGGAUUUCAUAGUGGAACUUUUAUUAAAGCUGUACUUGUUUUAAAUUACAGUUAAAGAAAGUGAAGAAAAAGAGGUCCUUCUGAAAACGAAUCUAUCUGGUCGCCAGAGCCCAAGUUUCAAACUUUCUUUCUCUAGUGGUACAAAGGCUAAUCUCACCAGCCAGUCAUCUGCAAGUAAUUUGCCUGGGUCUCCUGGGUCCCCUGGAUCUCCCGGGUCCCCUGGAUCUCCUGGAUCAGUUUCUAAAAGCACAUCUCAGAUGGCAGCUAUAACUACCAAGGUACUGUUUUCACUUGACUCAAAUCAUGCUGUUAUCAGAACUAUUCCAUGAGACGGCCAAUCUCUGAAUUUGCCAUUUGGGAAAUCCAUAGGUGAUUUGGAUGGAGUUUGUGACUAUCUCUCUGCCCCAUGCUUUUAAUAUGGUCUAUACUUAAAAGUAAAGAAGACUUUAAAAGAAUAGUUGCUUUUGUGCAUAGAUGCCCUUUAAAAUAUAUACAAAACAUACUGCCUUCAAUAGAAAUAAUUUUAGGGGAAUUCAUCUUGUUACAAGCAAGAUAUUUAUUAAUUAAUGAGUUUUUUACAAUUGUUUUGUCCAUUUAGACUCCUAACAGAGUUGCUUAGGAAAUACUUCUACCUCCCCCUGUACAUUGACUGAGAUUUGGGAUCAGUCAAAUCAGGGAGGCACAGCUAAUUUAUUAACAGAAUGUAUUCUGUCCUUUGGAGCCAAGUCCAAGUGUAAACACUGAAUAUAAGCCAUAUGUUAAAUAAGAUACAUGGUAAGAAUUAUGGCAUUAUUUUAAACCAUAGCAGCACAGCCUUCCUGCCCCAUGCUGCUUCUAAGCAGAGUACUUGGUAGGUAACUAUGUCUAUGUAGAACCGCCAGCUUCAGUCAGCCAGGUCUCUUAUCAUACAUACCAGGCUAGUUUCUUCUCCUAAAUUAAAUCCUAUAUGUUAGGUGUGUGGUCUGUGUAAUUCUAAGUCAUUUAAACUAGGGUUCAGUGAGUAAUUUGGUGUGAGAAAAGAGGACCAGAAUAUGGGGAAGUUUUAGUGCCCUAAACUCUGUUCCCCAAUAUUGGCCUCUUACUCUUCCAGUCCUAUGCUAUUCCCAGUGCUGUCUAUGGUUCCACCACUGUGCAACAUGUUCCAAUCAUUGUUAGCAUUUGUUUACUUUUCAUAUCUCAAUAAUUUUUGUACUUUUAUGUAUUCUUGGAGCAACUUCAGAAUGCCACAAAACAGCCACUUGUCUCAAAAAUCAGCCAAGUAUUGCUAAGCCCCAGCACAGUUCCUUAAGCAGUUCAGUUGCUUCCGAUGCUCGUGCAUGUUGGAUGUUAGGAUAAGAAUCAUUCUGUCAUAGAGUUGAUAGGGGACCACAAGAAUAAUCUAGUCCAGCCCCCUGCAAUGCAGGGAUCUUUUGCCCUGCGUGGGGCUAGAACCCAGAAUUCUUCCCCUAAAUUGCACUCCAUGUAAUAAGCAGUAUUUUAUAAAGUGAAGCAUAGUUAUUUAUUUGUUUGUUUGUUUAUUUAUUUAUUUGUGCCUAGUCUUGUCUUCUGAGAAACUCAAGGCAGCGUACAUGAGGUUCUUUUUAUCAUUGCAACAAACCUGUGUGUAGGUUUGGCUAAGAGAUGGUGACUGGGCAAUGGUUGUGACUGAGAGGGAAAUUGAAGCGUGAUCUCCAGUCUUAUUCUGACACCCUAAACACAGUGUUUCCCUUGAAGCAGACUUUACUAUGACUGCUUUCUAGGAUUGCAGCUUUGAAAUGUGUACUUUUAAAAUCCAUCAAAGAUGGUAUGUCUUUAUCUGCGAAACGCUGUGAUUGCUUUGACCCACUAAUAUAUAUAUAUAUAUACAUAGUAACAUCUGAUAGUGUGUUUAUACUAUGGGGCUGGUCUGCAUGCAUCUGUCAUAUAUACAUAUAUAAUGUUAUACUAUCUUUUCCCUCCAGAACAGCCCAUUGUAUUUCUGGGAAGGGGCUAUUGGGUUGUUGUUUUUAUUUUUAUUAUGUAUUUUGUGGUUUUAUAUCUUGAUUUUAUUCUGUGAAUGGCCCUGAGACCCCUGGGUAUAGGGUGGCGUAAAAUUCAAUUAAUAAUAAUAGUAAUAAUACCCACAUUAUUAAUCUUUGCUUGCAUAGCACUGUGUGUUCCUUUGUAUGUAUUAAGCCAAGUACAGCUGCUUUUAGCUGCUCAUCAUACCUGAGCAUUGUGCCCCUUAAUUGCUAGCAAGAGUCAUCUAAGUAUGUAUAUUUUGGUUAAGAUAAUAACCUCUUGCACAGUAUAGGAAUUAAUGGCCAUGCAUUGCAUUUAUGUUUUUGUCUCUGAAUAUUGUGAAUUUGUAUCUCUGUGUUUUACAUAUAUAUAUCAACUUAUUGGAGUUUUAAGCAGAUCAUUUUAAGUCCAUUUGAAGGAUGAAACUCUGGAAUAGCUAAUGUUUGUAAAUCUUUUUUUCUUUUCAGGGAGGCCUAGUGGGGCUUGUAGAUUAUCCUGAUGAUGAUGACGAGGAUGAUGAAGAAAGCAUACCUUUAUCACAGAAAGCAAAGCUAGAGUCCUCAUAAUGACAGCUCUGAAAUUUAAUAUCGGUUGAGGGAUAAACAAAGUUUCCAGAGGGGGAAAAGUUUAUAAUUAAAAACUAUAAUUUCUAAUGAAUUACUGUGUAUAACACAGAUCAACUUUUAAAACAUGGAUUUCUGCUAGUCAAGUGCCAAUUUGAAGGAGCAGAAGAAGAGGAAAUACUAUGCUUUAUGGAAAAGACAUGCCUUUGACCUCUCCAGCUUGGACCACACAUUGCCCUUUUCUCAGGGAAGGAAACGGAAAAAAAUAUAUAUGUAAAAGCCAACAGGGCAGGAGUUUUGGUAGUGGAACUCUGGAUUGGCUGUUCAGUUUGUUACAAUCAGAAUAUGCUUUCUUGGACCAUGUACAAGACUUUGAAGAAAAUGCUUUUUCUGCCCUAAUUCUUCACUAGCUAAGAAUGCCAGCAGUUUCUUUGUCUAAAGAGACCUGCCUUUGAAACCAUACAUUCUGAACAUUUUAGUCAAGCUACAACAGGUUUUAAAGAAAAACUCAUUGGGGGAGGGCUGAACAUAAGUUUCCUCUUUUCUUUCUUUCUUUUUUUUUUAAAAAAAUAAUCUGUUCCCUUUUGCCCUUUAAACUGCAGAUUUUUGUUUGGAGCUAAGGGAUUUGUCUAUCCCUUGAUUAAAGAUUGAAUGGAAUUCUAGAUGUGGUCACUUUUGUGUCAUAUUUUUAUUUUGCCCCGAGUGUAUGCUUAGUUGUUGAGUAUAUAUUUGGGACCAUUAAAAUUUUUUUGAUGUAAUAUAAUCUCACUGUUGUGCUGGUACCUGUUUCACAUGUGUAAUUCUGUUCUGCAUCACAAUUCUUGAUAUGUUUAGGAUUUUAUGGGAGAUGGUAUAGUUUUUAUUGAAAAAGAGCAAAUGAAUCUUGCCACAAUGUGCAUACAAAAGCAAUACUAUUUUGUGACUAAAUAUUUUAUAUUAAACUUUACAUCAUCAACUGUCUUGAAACAAUUCAGGGAAAUAGGUUGUUUUUAAAAAAAUAAAAAAUAAAAUAAAGAAACCUAUAAAUAUGAAAUUAGUAUUCCAAAGAGAUUUUGAAAUUUCCUAGCUUGGAACCAUGCUGGUACAUUUAAAUCAAAUUUGAAAUGGUUAUUUAAGAGUACUGACACAUUUGAGUUUUUAAAAUAAAAACAAAUAGAAAUGAAACAAUUUACUGCAUUAGUGGCAUUAUUUAAAAACUUCUGACUCCCUUUGGAAUACCAGUUUUACUUUCACAGAUUAUGCUGGGGCUUUGAAAUAUUAAUGUUGAUUCAGGUUAUUAAUCUAUUCUAGUUCUUGAUAGGAAAAUAUCGGUAUAACACUGGCUAUCUUUUGUCUGCUCAUUGCAAACUGGACUAAAACUUGGAUUCCAUAAGAUAGUUAUAAGGACUGAAUUUCCAUUUGCUGGAAACGUGUUACUGGUUGCUUGUUGAGGAGGUAGAGAGAAGACUACAAUUUAGUAUGUGUUCUAUUGUAUAAUUUCCAGAGAGAUUUCUCAAGUUGGUAUAGUAAUAGUUCUUGGGUGAACAUGCACCUCUGUCCCUUCCUGCAAAGAGAAAAUAUCAAGUAGUUGAAAAGUAUCCUAUUCAUUGACUCAAAACACCACCAUCUUUCCAGGAAAAGUUCCGUUCACUUAUCUCUACAGAGGGGGAGAGUUGCUCAAGUUCAAGUUUUGAGGUUGAUACAUUCCCUGGAAAGUAUCGAGUCCCAGUAUAACCCAGUCAUCCCACCAUCUAGAAUCAACUUUCAAGAGCUGCUUCAAGCAGCACUGAUGGUUUUACCCGUUUUUAUAUUACAGAAUAUCCCUUUAUGGCCUUUAAGCCCUGAGGGGUAGUUUGAAUUGUAUAAACUUGUAUCUGAGUGGAGGUUUUUGAUGUUUUUUUUAGUGCUCUCUUUGCUCAGUAUGUUCGACAUUUGUUAUAACAUGGAGUUCUCUUAAUAUAUUGGACACACUUAAAUUUUUGUUCUUUAUCACACUCUACCUCAGUCAAUAAAGGAAAAAGUAGGCUGUCUUUAGCAUUAAAACUUUUUUUAGUAGGCAUUAUACUCACUGCAAGGAGAGCAUCACAUUGCUACUUCUCUUUCCUACAUAGGCACUAUUAAAUAAUCUGGAUUUGAUCCUGUGCCAUAUUCACCUGAUCCUUGUGUUCUUCAGUUAGAAUUUUCAGCACCUUGCCUAAGUGUUUCCCAAGCUUUCUUGGGAGAUGUUCCAACAUUUACAUUGAUUCAAAAUUAUUUUGCUUGUUGUAAUGCAAACCUGUGGUUUUACCAUGGACCAGAUAGCCAAUCACUUUCAACCUAGCCUAGCUUUGCAGUGUCCAAGUCUAGUACUCUGCCUGUUGAGUUAAACUUUGCUCUCCGCACAGCACCUUCCCCAGUUGGCACCGAUGGAAGUUCUGAGACUGUAUUUUGGAUUAUGAUUUGAUGUUAGAAGCAUAAGGUGAAACUGAGCUGUGUGGCUCAGCCAUGCGGCGGGCCUGCCAAGAAUACAGAGGAGUGGUUUUCCUUGGAUUUUAAGGAAAGAAGGUUGGUGUCUGUAGGGAAUGCUGUUUGAAUGAGAGCAGGAAAGUUGAAUAGAUUACAUUGAUUAGCUCGGAGCCCACAAUAAAUGGGAUAUGGAUCCAUCUUCAUAGGUGUGAGUUUGUAGUAUGUCUGCUAUGAAUUACUUAAAUCACAUGCUCCAACAGUUCCUGAGGAUCAUAGUAUAUUUUCUGAAGCACAUCAAGAUACCAAUGGAUUAAACAAAUAACAUCC